GGUCCCUGCCGCCAGCGCAGCCCCCUGCCCGCCCGGCUCCGCCCGCCACAGCCGCCUCGCCUCGCCUCCCCUCGCCUCGCCUCCCCUCUCCUCCCGCCCGGGUGCCACCGAGCCGAGGCGCCGGCGGGCCGCGGGCGGGCAGCGGGCGGGCGGGCGGUCGCGCCAUGAGCGCCGAGUGCAGCAGUUACCUCAACGCCGACAAGGUGCUGGUGAGCGGGUUCAGCUGCCCGCGGGCGGGCGGCGACGCCCGCGCCGUGUUCUGCUGCGGCUUCCAGGACGUCAAGUACUGCUGCGAUGACCCCCACAGCUUCUUCCCCUACGAGCACAGCUACAUGUGGUGGCUCAGUGUUGGAGCACUCGUGGGCCUGUCAAUAGCAGCAGUGGUCCUCUUUGCUUUUAUCAUCACUGUGUGUGUUCUCUGUUAUUUGUUUAUCAGCACCAAGCCACGCAGCAAACUUGAUACUGGUUUGAGCCUACAGACAGCAGACAGUGAGGCCAGAGGGAGUUCGAUAUGCUAAAGACAGAGGCAUUGAAUGGAUUCUACCAAUGUUAUGAAGAAAAAAGAUACAGGGCUGCAUCCCUAACAAAACCUCCACCAAAACAAGCUGUUGACAGAGCCAAGUGACUUCAAGACACUUCCUAAGCCACAAGGAUGGACUGUGACUGUAAGCCACGAGAACCUGACUCACUCUUCCAGAGGUGUUUCCUGGCUCUUACAACCACUGUUGAUAACCAGAGGCCAAUCUGAAGCUGUGCCAGGCUGUGUUUGUGUAUGGUUGCUAUACAGAGAAGUUGUGUGUUUUGAUUUACACGUCAACUACUGCUGUUCAGUCAUUUUCACACAAGUUGUCUCUACCCUGUGCAAUUUCAGUGAGAUAACACAGUUGUCAAGCAGAGCAGAAUUUGGCACACCAUGUUGACCAAGCUUUAUUUUAAGCUUUCCCCAUGUACCAUCCCCAUGUACAAGUGUGGUGUCUUUAUGUCAUGAACAUGGUUGUCUUUAGCCAAAUGUGACUGUUCAGUGCACACACCAACGUGAAUGUAGUACCUCAAUAAAAUCUGGUAUUUGUGUUGUAUUUUU